AUUCACCAACCUUCUACGGAGUACUCUUUAAUUUCACUUCUUCAUUUUCGAGACUCGAUCACAUACCUUCUUUCUAAAUUACAAUGACAUAUAUAUAUAUAUAUAUAUAAUUCUCUCUUUGCUUAUAGCCUUAUACUACACACCACUCUCCUCUCUCCACCAAACUGCUCACGCGAAACCAAUUUCCAGAACCACCGUCACGUCAAGUCAACACCACUAACUCCCACUAUCUGAUGGGAAAAGCAGCCAGGUGGUUUCGCGGACUUUUUGGCCUCAAGAAAGAGGAGUCUCCGUCGCAGUCGGCGACCGACGCGACUCGCUCAGAACCAACGUCGGCAAAGAAGAGAUGGGGCUUCGUCAAAUCGCACAGAGAACAGGACUGCACUUGGAAGACCACCGGUCACCGGAGAAACUCCCGCGCCGAUGUACCUCCCCGGAGUUCCGACGGGAUCCCCGACGGCGGCGUUGAUCCGAACGAGCAGGCGAUCACGGCGGCGGUGAGGCCGACGAGCAGUGAGGGUUCUGAUGAUGUUAGUGCGAGCACCGUGGCGUACGUUAGCGGCGCCAGCUGUGGGAUUCGUGAAGACUUGGCCGCUAUUAAGAUACAGGCGCAUUUUCGAGCCUAUCUGUCGAGGAGAGCACUGCGAGCAUUGAAGGCACUUGUGAAGCUUCAGGCACUGGUUAGAGGUAACAUUGUGAGAAAGCACACUGCCUACGCGCUACGAAGUAUGCAGGCACUGUUACGAGCCCAAGCGCGUGCUCGUGCAGGGCGAGCUCAAAUCUCUCAAUCCCCACAUUCAAGAACAAAGUCUUCCCAGUUCCUCUAUCCUGGCCCUGCAACCCCUGAAAAAUUUGAACAUGCCAUUCGAGCAAAUGGUGAAAAACAAAAUCAGUCACCCAAGGGAAAUCGUUCCAAAUCAGUUGGCAGGUCGAUGGUUGAUCAAGACAAGGCACGCGGUGGUUGGAGCUGUUUGGACUGCCAAAUGAACGAAGGAUUGGGGGACCGAGGGAGGUCUUUUUUGAGAACUCGCCCAACGGAUGACAAAUUUCUUGAGAUAGAUAAUCGGGAACAACACUUGAUACCUAAACGAAGAAUCCAGUUCCAAUAUUCUCAUCGUGCUUUGGGUUCAGAUCAAAUUAGUCAUAGCUUAACCACUUCAAAAGACUCAACAACCCAUCAAACCUUACCAAGUCAAUCAUCUUGUGAAGUUGAAUCACCGAUCCCUUUGUUCACUCGAUAUGUAGAGGAAACCUCUUUCCGCACUGCUGAUGAUAAUUUUAAGAGAGGCCCCUGCACUCCCACUAAGAGUGACAGUUCAAGAAGCUACUUAAGCAAUUGUUCAGAACACCCAAACUACAUGGCUUACACUGAAUCCUCAAGGGCUAAGUUGAGAUCUCUUAGUGCUCCUAAGCAGAGGCUUCAAUUUGAGAGAUCAAGUUCAACAAAGAGGCAUUUGAUUCAUGGGUAUGGUGAUUCAAGAUCAAGCAUGCAAAGAGAUUCUGCAUUCCAUGCCAUUUUCGCCAGUAAAGCUUAUCCGGGCUCUGGUCACUUGGAUAGACUUGGAAUACCUGUAAGAUCCAGUUGAGUUUAAUGCUGGCCAUUGGGAUAGAUACUUGACUUCUUCAGGGGAUUGGAGGCUUUUUGUUAAAUCACCUUGUAAUGUACAUAUAGUCAUGGAAGACUUGUUAACUUUUCAAAUUUGUAUUUCACAUAGAGUGUGAGAAUCUUCAAGCAAUUCUGGAAA